UAAAAAAAGAAGGUAAAGGUACCUGAACUUUGCUUUAAUUUAAUGAUUAACAAUCAGAAAAUGAGCCACUCAGGACAAUCCAAGAAGCGAAAGAAAGCAAAAUAACUUGCUUGCUUAUAAAUAAUAUGUCGGAAAAACCAAUUUGCAUUGCUGACUUUGAACACUAUGCCAAGGCAUUUCUUGGAAAAUCUGUGUAUGAUUAUUACAAAUCCGGGGCUGAUGAACAGCAAACACUGGCUGAAAAUGUCGCUGCCUUUUCAAGAUUAAAAUUAUACCCCCGGAUGUUGAAGGAUGUGUCUUCCCUGGACCUGUCGACUUCAGUCUUGGGACAGAAGGUCAGCAUGCCAAUAUGUGUCGCAGCAACUGCCAUGCAGUGCAUGGCUCAUGCAGAUGGGGAAAUUGCUACUGUUAGAGCUUGCAGAUCUAUGGGUACAGGAAUGAUGUUGAGUUCAUGGGCCACAUCAUCAAUAGAAGAAGUAGCUCAAGCAGCCCCAGAGGCAGUUCGAUGGUUGCAGCUCUAUAUCUAUAAGGACCGGGAGGUCACCAAAUCUUUGGUGCGACGUGCAGAGAAAACUGGAUACAAAGGCAUCUUUGUGACUGUGGACACACCAUUUCUUGGGAAGCGCUUAGAUGAUGUACGCAAUAAGUUUCAGCUCCCACCACAUCUCAGGAUGAAAAACUUUGAAACAAAUGAUUUGGCAUUUUCAUCUGAAAAAGGAUAUGGUGAAAACAGUGGCCUGUCUGUUUACGUUGCGGAAGCCAUUGAUCCCUCAAUUAACUGGGAGGAUAUGAAGUGGCUCAGAGGACUGACUUCACUACCCAUUGUUGCUAAAGGGAUCAUCAGAGCGGAUGAUGCUAGAGAAGCAGUGAAGCAUGGUGUUAAUGGGAUUCUGGUGUCAAACCAUGGUGCACGUCAGUUGGAUGGGGUUCCAGCUACUAUUGAAAUCCUACCUGAAAUAAUAGAAGCUGUGGAAGGAAAAAUUGAGGUAUUCCUUGAUGGUGGCAUACGAAAGGGCACAGAUGUCCUCAAGGCUCUUGCCCUUGGAGCUAGAGCUGUGUUCUUGGGAAGACCUAUCAUCUGGGGACUUGCUUAUCAGGGUGAACAAGGUGUGAAGGAGGUUCUUCAGAUAUUGAAAGAAGAAUUCCACCUAGCAAUGGCUCUCUCGGGCUGUCAGAGUGUGGAAGCAAUAGACAGAACAUUGGUACGGAGAGAGCAGUGGGCUGCCUCCAAGAUGUAGAUGCCUUUUCUGCUUCACCUCAACCUGUCAAAUAGAUUGCAUAUCACUUGUCAGUUCUUACUAAAAAACAGGGCUGGGGUGUGUGCGUGCAAAGUGAAAUUAAGCCUCCAAAGUGGAUUUUAUCUGGUUCAAAAUGAAAUGCUCUUCUUCUUAAGCUUUGAAUCUUAAGAUUCCUUUUACAAAUGUACCAAAUGUGUCAAGAUAUCAUUUUAACAUUUAGAGGAAAUGGGAUAAGAAGAUGUUAGAAAUAUUUAGACAGGUGAGUCAAUGUCCUUUCAUCCAUGUUUAGCCAUUCUAAGUGAUAAAAUAUGUUGCCCAAAUAAGAAUCUGAAUUACUCCCAGUUAGGGUAUUAUAAGUCGUCACUUUCCAAUGCUGUAAGUGUUCGGAUGGAAUGAGAUUUACUGAGCUGUACUUAUACAAAUAUUAGCAAUGCUGCUUUGAACCUGUUGACUCACAUGACUGCGAGCACUUGAGCUUUUUUUUAAAAAGUAAGCUUAUGGUGGGAAAGCACAUUAUAUUAAAAGAACAGCUGAAAUCUGAAGUCCAAGGAUACAAGUUUGAUAUUGCCUUCAAUAUUUAAUCAUUCUCUGGUUUCUGAAUAUAGCAACCUGGCAUCACGUAUACCUUUGGCAGCGGAGUACUGGAAAAGAAAGUUAAGUUUAUAGAGGUUGGACAGCUGAGGCAGUGGGAAAUAGAGGAGUGUAAAAUGGUUUUUAAAUUUGUGUACACACAGCUAUACAAACUGAUUAAACCAACUCAUGAAGUCAUCCUGGAAUUUCAGAUUUUGAACAGUCUCAGUUCUCCCCUACCUGUAAUGACAAAUGUGUUCCUCCAGAAAGGACUAGAAUUCCCAUCUACCUAAGAUAUCUUAGCCAAUACAGAGGAAUAAUGGCAGUUGUGGUAUGAUCUGGAUUAGACUUGUGCAUUUGUAUAGAAUUGCUAUCCAUUUCUGUUUGUUUCAUUCGUAAGGCCCCCAUUUUCGUUUUGAAGUGCCUUCCAAAAACAGGCACCUUUCUGAAUGGGUGUUUUCAUUCUGCACCUGAAAAAAUGAAAAAUUUCAACCCAUUGGCCACUAUGGGCAGGUUUCUGCUUUAAACUGGACUAUAUGAGUCCAGAUAAUCUGGGAUAAGCAGAAAAUCUGGGAUCAAAUCCUGGGAUAUAGGACCUAUCUGGAAAGGCCCCAAGUCUCACUGGGCAUGGAUGGAUUGUUGACUUUUCUUUCAGUACUAAUUUAUAUUUUUCAUGAACUCCCACCCCUUUUGCCUGUCAAACAUUCAUCUAAUGAAGCCACUGAAAAAAUAGCUGGAAAAAUGGUGUGCAGAGUUGGGUGUAAAGGUGAAAAAUAAAGUCACAGUUUGGAGAGGAAAAUACUCUAGAAAAAUAA